UUUGGGACGGAGGGAGUAUUUGACCAAAAGCAAUACUCAUAAGUUUGACUGAUGCUUUCUAGUAUGCUGUCUAUUUUGAAGGAGUUAGUAUCUGAAAACAUGUUUAACUAGUCCGUUCAACUGUGGUAUUCCAUCAACUUGCUAGGUGAGGAUGUGACACCCUGGACUUCUCUAAGAUCUUUUUAUUCAUGGAUACAAUUAAUACUAUAACAUGCCGACCUGCUAAACAUCCAAUAGUAUGAUCAAUUGUACCUUGCAUACAAAAAACAAGAGCCAAGCGCUCUUGUUUUUUUGUAAGCUGCCAAUGUUGAAAAUUUUGGAUCAAAAUGGCAGCUUCACAUGGUAUGCUUUUUUUUUUGAACGAUCACCGGGGUGGAGAGUUUCCCCACACAUGUUAUGCGAUUCAUUAUUACAUCCACAGUUUCUUAUAAGUCCACACACAAAGCAAGAGCUAAGCGAAUAUUGAUUCAGUUUCAAAUGUUCAGCUCUUGUCUUUUGUAAGCUGCAAAUGUUCAAAGUUUUGGAUGAAAAUUGCAGCUUUACAUGGUAUGCAAUUCAUGAUUACAUCCACAGUUUUUUUAUAAGUUCUGAAAAGUGAAAACUCGGAGUGCUUCAAACAACAUGUUGUGCAUGCGCACUUAUGUAAUCCGUUCUAGCUAAUAAAAUACUAGCAAGUUGUCCUUGAAGGCGCUACUCCUACUAGAAGUAGACUGUUGUAUCUGUCACUCAUUAGCUUGUGGUCAAACAAGUAGAAUGGUGCUGUGAAUGCUGGUCAAGGACACCGCCGGUGCCUGAUGGCUUCACUCCAUUUUUUAGCUCGUCUGUGCCCAUUCUUCUCUGAACUAUUUGGAAGUUUAUGUAAAUAGCAGUGCAAUCUGUUGGCUCCCCACUCAUGAAAUUUCCUUCGGCUCGGGUCUCUUCUUUUACUCCCUCUGUAAACUAAUAUAAGAAUGUUUAGAUCACUAAAGUAGUGAUCCAAACGCUCUUAUAUUAGUUUACGGAGGGAGCAUUUCCUAUGGAAGUACAUGCUGUUGAGACAUUCCUAGGGAACUUUGAUGCCACUAUUUUACGCACCUUCAAAAUGAUUAUUCUAACAUUUUUCUGAAAUUCUGUUGAUUCAACAGCUGAUGCGAUCAACAAAAUUUCUAAGACAUGUUCAAGAAAAUUACUAAUCAUAUCCAGAGAUUCUAAAGAAAUAAAGGAACCUACUUUUGGCUGGUCAAUGGAGAAAAUUGUUUUUUUUUUCUGAUUGGGCCGUUUAUUUGAAAUGUAUCAUUUUUAUAUGUAAAUAUACUGUAGUUCGUAAUCGACAGUUAGGUGAAAAACAGGGAGUCUUUGGAGAAGCUCCAUGGUUCUCAUUUUCUUGGCCAUGUGUCAUUAUCAUCUGUAUGCUAUGCUACCUUAUACCACUCAUGCCCAAGUUCCCAAGUCGCAACAACAAUAAUAAACAAUUGUGGAUGUAACAAUGGACAGCUACCAUAGAACAGCUAGCAUGAACCCCUUUAUCUGAACCAUAAUGCUCUUGUUCAACCAGCCUUAUGAUCUAACCAUUUGUUCCCCACAUGCGUUCUCUCUCCCGAUGUCUUUUCCUUGCUCAAGCCCUCCAAAAUUAUCUGUUCUUGCUCGCAUCGCCUUCACUCUCUUCCUGCCUGCCUGUACAAGCAUGCCCACCGCAAGCAUAGCAGCGACGCCACGGUGCCUAGGCCAGCAUGUGUGGAGAGACUAGCAGCACCUAAAGGGCGACGUGGUUCGUCGUAUAGAACCAACCUUGUUAGUUGAAUUAUUGGUGUAGCCAUGUAUCCUCCAAAGAUCUUGACUCUCCUAUUUUUCCUCCCUUUAACUUAUUCUUCUUCCAGACUUACCAUGAACAAAUCCUUUGCUUUGAAUGCUGAGCUUGGCACCAUAUGGCGGAAUAAUCCCUCCCUCCUCCACAACAUUUCUCCAGACGACAACUUCUCCUUGCGCAUCAUCCUUCCUAAGGAGGCCUUCAUGACUUCUGUUAACAGCUAUUAUAAUAGCAUACCUUCAUUUGCCUGCGGCUUCUUCUGUGCAGGGGCUGUGUCUACCUGUGAUGACUACAUCUUUUCCGUCUUGUUUGUCAGUGUUUACAGUUUUCAUGCUGAAGUGUACUUUCAUUCGCCGGAGGUGGUCUGGUCUGCCAACCGUGAUCACCCAGUCAAAGAGAAUGCUAGUGUCCAACUUACUGAACUUGGCGACUUGGUGCUCUAUGACGCUGACGGAACACAGGUUUGGUCUACCAAUACCACAGAAAUGUCAGUUGUUGCCAUGAAUCUUACUAGAACAGGCAAUCUGGUGCUGUUAAAUCAUGUGAAUACGGAGAUCUGGAGGUCUUUUGAUCACCCAACUGACACACUUGUCACUGGGCAGGUUCUACAAGUGGGGCAGAAGCUCAUGGCAAGCACCUCGAUGGAAAAUCGGGCCAGUGGAAUUUUUUAUCUUACUGUCCUCCCUGAUGGCAUGUAUGCAUUUGCAGGAACUGAUACUCCUCUUGCAUACUAUCAGAGCCCCACUGGUGGAACUGUCAUGACAAACAAGUCAGCAUAUGUUGCACUCAAGGAUGGCAGUCUCGAGGUGUUCACUUGUUUCCGGGAUACAGAGGCACCGGAUUACCAGAUCCAGCUGCCCAGGGAUAACGAUGGGCCGGUGUUUGUGAGGCUAGAGUUCGAUGGGCACCUGAGGUUAUAUCAGAUGCCAAACAACAGUUGGGCGAGUUCAGAUGUUUUUGAUAUAACCGAUCCUUGUGAUUAUCCUCUAGCUUGUGGUGGAUAUGGUAUUUGUUCGAAUGGACAGUGCAGCUGCCCUGAUGCUGCCAUUGGGCAAUCCGGAUUAUUUGAACUAAUUGAUCAAAGGGAGCUUAAUCGUGGCUGCUCGCCAAUAGUUUCACUAUCCUGUGAUUCAGCACAGAAGCCUAGGCUUCUUUCGCUUCCCAACAUCACUCGCUUCAGCGGUGUCUACAAUUGGACAACAAGCGAAGAGCAGUGCAAAUUAUCAUGCUUGAAUGCUUGUUCGUGUAAGGCUUCAUUCUUCCAGCAGUAUGACACCUCUACUGGUUUCUGUUUUGUUGCAUCUGACAUGUUCUCCAUGAUAAGUGUAAAUGCCCAAAGCUAUUCAAGUAACUUUAGUUCUCUUGCAUUUGUUAAGGUUGGGGCUAGACACAAAUCGGUGCUAUCUAAAGGAAAAACAGCCAUUGUCACAGUUGUUGCUUCUUCGCUUAUUGCUUCAGUUAUUGGUGCAGUGCUCGUAGUUUUGAGAAGAAAAAGAGGGGGACCUUUAGAAUAUGAAGACAUCAUCAAUCAGUUGCCAGGGCUACCAACAAGAUUCUCUUUUCUGAAGUUGAAAUCAGCAACUGGAGAUUUCUCGACCAAGAUCGGGUCAGGAGGAUCUGGUUCUGUUUUUGAAGGGCAGAUUGGGGAUAUGCAUGUUGCUGUGAAGAGAUUGGAUGGCAUGAGUCAGGGGGAAAUGGAAUUUUUAGCCGAGGUUCAGACCAUCGGAACCAUCAACCAUGUACAUUUGGUGAGGCUAAUUGGAUUUUGUGCUGAAAAAUCACACAGACUUCUCGUCUAUGAAUACAUGCCAAAUGGAUCUUUGGAUAGGUGGAUUUUUGAAAAGCACCAAGAAGCCCCACUUGAUUGGAAGACCAGAUUGAGGAUCAUAGCUGAUGUAGCAAAGGGCUUAGCUUAUCUUCAUAGUGACUGCCGGCAAACAAUAGCUCAUCUGGACAUCAAACCACAAAAUAUCCUUUUGGAUGAGCAGUUCACUGCUAAGGUAUCUGACUUUGGACUUGCCAAGCUAAUAGAUCGCGAGCAGAGCAGUGUCAUGACUCGGUUGAGAGGCACGCCAGGUUACUUAGCUCCAGAGUGGCUGACGUCUGUUAUCAACGAAAAGGUUGAUGUUUAUAGCUUUGGCAUUGUCAUCACGGAAAUUAUUUGCGGCCGAAGGAAUUUGGAUUACUCACAGCCUGAAGAACGUCUUCAUCUCGUCAGCGUGCUGCAGGACAAGGCCAAAAAUGACCAGCUGCUGGACCUAAUCGACCCGCGAUCCACUGAUAUGCAAUAUCAUCUGGAUGAAGUGUCACGCAUGAUGAACCUGGCAAUGUGGUGCCUGCAGGUUGACAGCCGUCGGCGGCCUUCCAUGACCGAGGCCGUCAAAAUCCUGGAUGGCACAAUGGAUGUUGAAACCGAGCUUGAUCUGGACCUGGUAAAUCUAGAACUCAUGGUGGCAAAUAGAGCGGUUCGUGGGAACAUUGCCGCAACUCUGCAGAUAGACUCCAUCCUUUCAGGGCCAAGGUGAGCGCGAGCUCAAGGCUUGGAACAUGAAGUCGCAUCUAUCCUGUGCAUCAUCACCAUUUACACCCUAAAGUUGUGAUAUAGACAUCUCCUGGUAUCAGUAGUUACAUACUGUAAUGGCCAAAAAUUGCACUUUCCAGGUUACAUUAUUUUUCUUCUUCUUUCAGAACACUGUAAUUCCCUGAAGUUUGUUGAUCUGUAUGCAUCUGUGGUGAGCUUCUAAUCGUCUCAA